GCAGGAGCUCCAUCCAUCACCUCAUCUUCGCGAUUUCCUUGUCCCCACUGCUCCCGGCUGUUUGGCUCCCCUCAAGCGGUCGGCGGGCAUCAGAAUGCUCACAAACACGAGCGAGCAGAUCAGCGAACCUUUCCGGCCACUCAUCAGCAGCAAUACCAAGCAGCUGCUCUUUGACUCCGCUCAAGCGCUCGGCGGGCACCAGAACGCUCACAAACACGAGCGUGCAGCUCAGCGAACCUCUUCGGCCACCCACCAGCAGCAAUACCAUCCACUUGCUCUGUUCCCCGCUGAUCAACAUCAACAACACACCUCAUCGACACCAUUUCCCCACUCUCCGGCCAUUUCCACUACUACUCCCGACGCUCUCUCCCCUACCACGGAUGUGGAUGAUUCUUCUGCCGAUGUUGACCUCGCCCGCCGCCUGUGAAGCAACGCGUUUCUCUUUCUCUUAAUUUCUUUCUUUUUUGUUUUUGAAAGGAAGUGGAAUAAGUUAAUGGGUUUUGAUGAGAAUGAAAGUGGUUAGGGCUAAUGGGAUUCUUGAAUCUCUUGUUUGGUGUUCGUUUCCGUAUGUUUUUUGGGGUUUCAACCUUUUUUUUUUCUGUUUUCCUCAUCUUACUAAAAUUAAAGCGCAAGG